GCAGCUGUUCGCUUGGCUCGACUUGUGGGCUACAUCAGCGCUGGUACGGUUGAAUACCUCUUCGACCCUGUGACCAAUAACUUCUAUUUUCUGGAGCUUAAUCCACGCCUUCAAGUGGAACAUCCAUGCACUGAAGUUAUUGCUGAUGUAAACCUGCCGGCUUGUCAACUUCAGGGGUCUUGA